AUGGGUAAAACAAACGAUUCGUCGCCAAAUCGUGCAACAAUCAAAACCUCUGAGAAUGAAAACAUUCGUAGUGAGGAAGGUGAUUCUGAAUAUAUUCUCGAUACGAUGGUAACAUGGCAUUAUGUGGAACAGAAACUGAAGAAAGCAUUACAUGGCAAAACGGAUACAAAUUUUGGAAUAAACAAACGAGUUGAACUGAUUGGAGCUGGACAAGGAUUUAUGUCCACAAUGGGUCGUCUUUAUGCGGAUCGAACGCACCAUCAGAAAAAUCUACCGGAAAGUAUAAUUGUUAAAAUACCAUCAAUAGCAUCAGCCAAGAAAUAUAUGGAGAAUGCAGAUUUGUUUGAUCAUUUCGAACAAGCGGGUUAUACGAAUCCUGAAGAAACGUUAGANCAUUACGAGAAGAUGAUAGAAACGAUACACAAUGUGGAGACAGCAUUCUACCGUAAACAUGAAUCAGCAAGCAACAACACCAAAUUCAAAAUUCCAAAAGUUUUCGUUGAGGCGGACGUAACACAUGGCAUUCUGAUUCUCGAGGAUCUGCACAUGGCAAAAAUCAUAGCCGUCUACGAAACGGUCACCGUGCAAGAAGUAAAGCAGCUCGGUAGAGCAUAA